AUGGCUUUUGAAACCAAGUUAUUGACAAACAAAACAACCUUCGUCCAAGCCGACACAACAUCCUUCAAAAAGGUAGUUCAAAUGCUAACCGGAUCAUCUGAAACAGUCAAACAAUCCACAACCACCACCAGGCCAGACUUAGCUGCGAGAAACCCUAUCCCUGCCAUGAAAACGGGUCCGGACAAAAAACCAUCAAAGCUGUACGAGCGGCGGAGCAGUCUGAAGAACUUCAAAAUCAAUCCGUUGGCUCCUGGAUUCACAAACGACAAAGGGUUCUCCGGAUCCCCACGGAAUCCCAACGCGCCGGAGAUUAUGUCCCCAAGUCUUCUCGAUUUUCCGUCGUUGGUGCUUAGUCCAGUCACACCUCUUCUUUCCGAUCCAUUUAAUAGGUCUCCGACGAAUGAUUGUUCCCCAAAUUUGGACGUUGAGGCUGAAGAAAAUGCGAUUGCAGAGAAAGGAUUUUACUUACAUCCGUCGCCGGCGACUACUCCAAGGAGGGAGGACGUUCCAUUUUCUGGGAACGAUCAUGAGGAUGGAUACAAACACCUUGGUGAAGUCAAUGACAUUGCCGAUUAUUUCAACAUUCUAAAUGCUCCACGUACGACGGUGUUAUUGAGAAUGCUUCCAGUAAUUUUCAAAGGAGCUUCUAAAGAUUGGUUGAUGACACUCACACCUGGCGCUAUCACUACAUGGGCACAAAUGUGCGAGCAAUUCUUUGAGCAAUUUUGCACACCAUCAAAAUUUUCCAAACUCAAGAAGGCGAUAGCCAAUUUUUGA